AUGUGGUGUAUGAACGUUUAUAAAUUGAUUGGUUUAGUCACUUUUUUCUUGGGAUUUUCAUUGGCUGAAGAAUUGAUAACUAUUGAUUCCGAUGUUAAGACUCUUUCAAGUACCCCAGGGAAUUUUGAUUACCAAUUUUUUUCAACAGGACAUAGUAAUUAUGAAGAAUCUGGAUUUCAAGCUGCUUAUGUUAUCACAGGGGAUGCUAAUCCAUAUGAUGUAUCUGAAUCAAGAACUUUCCAUUUAGAAUGGUGGUUUGAAUUUGAUGAUGAUUAUAAUGGAGAGUAUUCAUCUCUUUCACCAAUGGAUCCAAACUUUAUUAAUUAUUAUGGUGAAGUUAAUCUUAAACGUGGUUCUGCUUAUAUUUCUCAUGAGUUUACUGCAUUUUGUCCUGAUGAUAUAUCAGAAAUUCCUUCAUUUUGUCAUAUUGUUAAUUGGGAUUGCUUAAAAUUUGUGAAAAAUAUCUGUAUACCAGGUCCAGCACCACCAGAACCAGAACCAUCUUUUUCCUCUUCAUCAUCAUCAUCUUCAUCAUUAUCUUCAAGUUAUAGCUCAUCUGAAAUAUCAUCAAGUUCUUCAAUAGAAUCAUCAAGUUCUUCAGUGUCCUCAAGCUCUUCAAUAUUAUCAUCUAGUUCUUCAAUUUCAUCACUAAGCUCCUCGCUUUCAUGGAGCUCUUCAAUUACAUCCACAUCAUCAACUUUAUCAAGUUCUUCUAUUUCAUCAUGGUCUUCCACUUCAGAUAUACUAUCUUCAAGCGAUUCAGAAUCUUCAUCAGAACUUCCAUACACCUCAUCAUUAUUUCCUGAUACUUCUUCUUCAACAUUAUCCUCAUCAUCAUCAUCAUCCUCCUCCUCAUCAUCAUCAUCAUCCUCAUCCUCCUCCUCCUCAUCAUCAUCAUCAUUAUCAUCCUCAUCUUCAUCAUUUGACCCCUUCUGGCCAACUUUCUCCCCGGCAUCAUCAUCAACAAGUUCUGAAGAAAGUUCACUCUUUACAACACAAACCGAUGAGUUUGAAUUCAGUUCUAUUAUACCAAUUACUUAUACCUCAUCAUCAUCAUCGUCAUUAUCAUCAGUAUCAUCAUCACCGUUAUCAACAUCAACAUCAAUAUCAACAUCAUUAUCUUCUUCUUAUUCUUCUUUUGAUUCUCUAUCAACCUCAUCACAACUGUCUUCAAGUUUUAUCUCAUCAUGUGAUUCAUCAUCUUCAAGUUUUAUCUCAUCAUGGGAUUCAUCAUCUUCAAGAGCCUCUGAAGUUACAUCAACCUCAGAGGUCUUUACAUCUACUCAAGUCUCCACAAUUUCUUCAAGUUUAUCAUCAUCAUCAUCUCUAGAAAAUUCUACAAUAUUUUCAUACUCAAGUAUAACAACUGAAACCACAAUAAUAGAUUAUAGGGAUCAAACUAUUGAAAGAAGCUCUACAACCCCAGAAACUAUUACACAAGCUUCCAAUACCAUAAUCACAGAUUUUAUUACCUUCUCCCCAUUAUCAGAAACAACUAGAGAAGAAUUGAUUACACAGGUUACGAUUACUACAGCUACAUACGAUGAUGAUUUACAGGGGGGCGAAAUGAAUCAUGAAAGCACACAGUCAGAUGAUCAACUUACCGCUGGAGAUUCAAACUUAAUUGAUACAGAACAAUUCACUUCAGGAAUUUUAUCAAAAGGUGAUUUUAAGGAUUCAGAUGACUCAAAUAAUAAUAAUAAUUAUAAAACUAUUGAUUACCCAGAGAAUAGCCGCUCUAAUGAAGAUUAUUCAUCGAUAAGUGAAAAUAUUUCAACAGCACUUGAUCCUGCCAAAACUUCACAACCAGAUUCAGUUAUACCCAGAUCAUCCAAAUACUCCACUAGUACAUUAGAAUCAAUCUCUUCACAGAGUAUUUCAGAUCUCUCAACUACAACUUCAUCAACUAAUUUACAAACAAGUUCAGGCUCAAAUAAUUCAAGAAUUUCAAAUUCUAUGGAAUCAGUAGAGCAAUAUGAAGGUAUUGGGCCUAUAAAGAUUAUUAACUGGCCGGCGCUCGCAUUCACCUCAGCAAUCUUUAUUGUUUUAUUAUAA